CUGCGACCACGGGCUCCACGUCCUCCUCCACCAGGACUUGCCUUGCCGACCCCCUGCUUCUGAAGAACUCCAUAGAACCCCCUUCCCUACUUGAUCCCUUCCGGAACAGCCUCCCCGGCUCUCUGCCAAUUCACCUCCCAGAUCCCUCCAAACUCAGCUUCUUUGUGAGACCCAGCUCGUCCAACCACACAAGUCCGUUUCUCUGAGGAGCCGGCCCCGUACUGUCGGGGUCCAGCGUUUGUACAUUAACUGUCUUAGUUCAACAAAGAAGACCCAAUGUUGAAAAGACGUCCAAGGUCUUCACUGCUCACCGGGAGGACGUUUGGGGAUAUUUAAAGAGACCUCAACCUUCUGUAGCCCUUCAGCCAUCAAAGGCCCUCUGCCUCACUGGAAUGUCCUGGCACUGUGGAGCCUGGCGAGCUGCCCACAGGGAGACAGAGCAGCGACCGCUGUCCCUGGCGCCAAGGACCCUGCGUGCUGGCGAGCUUGCCUGCUUGGCAGGUGGGCAGCAGAGGCACACUGACUGACGGGGUGUCUCGGCUCACGGACACACUGCACACCUCUUCCAGACACAAGCUACAGCCUGCUCUGCACGAGGAAGAUUCCAGGGCUUCAAAACCCUCGAAUGUGGACCACUCAGGACCUAAGAGAAAGUCCUCUGUUGAUGUAUUGUGGGGUUCGUAUGGAAGUAAUGUCACUUUAUAGUCAGUAAUACCACUGGGUGAGGAGCACUAUGCAGGGAGAAACCUUCCACAGAAAGACAGGCAGGGAGAAGCACAGGCUGACUGCAAGCUUGCCACACACAGCGAGCCUGAGAUAGACUGCAGGAUGGCCGAGUAGGGGGCCUUCAGAAGGAACGGAACCAGUGCCGGGAAGGAAGUUUCUCCUCUGAGUCACGAUACCAAAUAGGAAAAAUGAUCUACAAGUGCCCCAUGUGCAGGGAGUUCUUCUCUGAGAGAGCAGAUCUUUUCAUGCACCAGAAAAUCCACACGGCUGAGAAGCCCCAUAAAUGUGACAAGUGUGACAAGGGUUUCUUUCAUAUAUCAGAGCUUCAUAUUCACUGGCGAGACCACACAGGAGAGAAAGUGUAUAAAUGUGAUGAUUGUGGGAAGGAUUUUAGCACGACCACCAAGCUUAACAGGCACAAGAAAAUCCACACAGUAGAGAAGCCCUAUAAGUGCUAUGAGUGUGGCAAGGCUUUCAACUGGAGCUCCCACCUGCAAAUUCACAUGAGGGUGCACACGGGAGAGAAGCCCUACGUCUGCAGUGAGUGCGGGAGGGGCUUCAGUAACAGCUCCAACCUGUGCAUGCACCAGAGGGUGCACACUGGGGAGAAGCCCUUCAAGUGUGAGGAGUGUGGGAAGGCCUUCCGGCACACGUCCAGCCUCUGCAUGCACCAGAGGGUGCACACCGGCGAGAAACCCUAUAAAUGUUACGAGUGUGGGAAGGCCUUCAGCCAGAGCUCCAGUCUGUGCAUCCACCAGAGGGUGCACACUGGGGAGAAGCCCUACAGGUGCUGUGGGUGCGGGAAGGCCUUUAGCCAGAGCUCCAGCCUGUGUAUCCACCAGAGGGUGCACACUGGAGAGAAGCCUUUCAAAUGUGAUGAGUGCGGGAAGGCCUUCAGCCAGAGCACCAGCCUGUGCAUCCACCAGAGAGUGCACACCAAGGAGAGAAACCAUCUGAAGAUAGCUGUCAUAUAGAAAGAGCUUGCUGAGAGUUCAUAAUCCGAAAACCCCUAAGUGCCGCUAGGAAGUAACCCUGAGUACCUUCAUUGACCCAGAAUACUUGCAGCAAUCCCUGGCAGAACACUGAGGAGGCUUAGGUGAGGCAUUGUUUGUUCAUUCACACCAGUGUGUCCCUCAGCUUGACUUUGAACAUGGAAUCUGAUUGUAUGCCCAGUUCAGACAGCCUGUCCCAUCCCUGCCUGUCAUGCUAUAUGUGUCUUCUGAGAUUCUGGCACUAAGCCUCAGUGGUUGAAAUGAUACCCAAAACCCUUGAGCAGUGCCUGGAGUCGCUUUUUGUCUGUACUGUUCUUCAAAGCUCCCUUUCAGAGCUCAUGACCCUUCCUUCCUCACAAUUCAAGUCUACUGGUCAAUGCACUUGAAAACGGACAGCCCCGCUAAGAGCAUAUAUAUAUUGUGGUAUUUUUGAGGUGGCCACUUCACUUGGGCUGCCAUAGCCUUCCAUAGCUCCUGUCACUUCUGAGCCCACUUGACCUCCUCGCCACUCUUCCUAGAUGGCAUUGAUUCAUUUUAGAUUAGGUGGCUCACUCGGCCUGACAGCCUGGAACUUUUAGUUUUGUGGACUCAGCUAAUCACUGUCUCCAUGUUGGACUUAGUUUCUAGUGGUUGCUUCACGUAUUUUUAACUUGAAUUUUUUUUUUAAGUAGCUGAAUGUAAAUAGCAGGGAGGAAGAAGCAAGGUGCACACUUGUCUCCAGCCUUGUCCCAAGUGGGCUCCUUCCAAGCAGGGUGGGGGCCUUCAAGGGAACCCAGGAGGAGCUGCUGUCCCUGUUUAUGUCAUCUUGGGCAAUAAUGUGUCCGAGUCAUCACGGACCGGACCGUGUGCAUACCAGUUCCUUUGCAGGCAUGGACAUGUAUUGUUAACCCAUCUUCUUUUCCGUCUUUUCCGUCUUCAUUCGUUCAACAAGUAUUUAUUGAACGCCUGAGUGCCAGGCACUAUGCUAGGUGCUAGGAAUGCCACUGGAUCAGAUAGACAAGGGCCCUACUCAUGGAGGCAACUUCUGGUGGGGCAGACAGGUGAUAAGCAAGUAAGCAAAUAAAUAAUGUAGUUUGAGGUAGUGAUUAAGUGCUAUGAAGAAAUAAACUAGGGUGGUAUGUAGUGGGGGGUGGGGGGAGAGCAUUCGCCAGGGUCCGGGGCAGCCAGCCUUGCUGAGGGCACCUGGGACCAGGUGGAGGGGGUGCUGGGCCACAGUGCAGGUGCUGCUUGCUGGGGACAGGAGGGAGGCGGGCACUGGCAUUGACGUGGGGAGGGGAGAGGCCCGGCUGCUCGGUAUCUUGACUUCUGUAAACCUGUUGUUUUGUUUGUUUGAUUUGUUUUUUGUUGGAUAUUAUAAACUUACAUGGAGGAACUCAAGGAAUGUUUAGAAGACCAAAAGUCCCCAGUGACAAGAACAAAAAGUGACCAGUUUUUCACAUCGUUUCUCUUCUCAUUCCCAUUCUCAUGUGUGUCCCACAUGCAGUCCUUUUGCUCAGGAAGUCUUUGGGGAAAUUAAGGACCUGUGACAAAGUGGGCAGUCAGGUGGUAGCGUCUGUCGGCUGUCUAAGAGGCUGAGAGAUGUCUUCUCAAGGUGGUCAUGGAGUGCCAAGAUGACCCCUGCCCUGGGGUUGUCUUCAUCCUGGGAUGAAGACAGCUUCUGGCCAGAGCAAGACUGAGAUUGUCACCGCCUGGAUCUUGGUGCCGACAGCUCUGCCAACAGCCUCUGAUUUGCCGCCACCCUGUCCUGUCCAGAGUACCAGGCACAGGUACUGGCUGCAGCCGCCCCAGGCCUGAUGGCCACCACAGCAAUUUACUGUAGUGUCUUAUCACUUCAUGUCACCAUAGCGUGGAGCAUUAGAGAAAAGCCUAGACUUUUAGUUAAUAGAGAGCCAGUUGAAAUACCAUUGGUAGAAUUUUAGUUUUAGGAUAAAUCGAUUUGAUUUCUAGCUUUAUUACUAUUAGGUAUGUGAGCUUGGUAAAAAAUUGUUUAAUCUUUUGAGUCUGGUUCUCACAAAAUGAGGACAUUAGACUUAAGUAAUUUCUGAGUUUCCAGCUAGUCCUAGAGUUCUAUAUUUCUACAUAGUUGAAUUAUUUUAUCAUGCUGUUGCUGGGAAAAUGACUAACACUUUUGAAGCUACUAAUUUUAUGUCGAGCUUUAAAGUCCAUAAUUGUUAUCUUCAGAAAAUAUUAUUUGACCUACAGUAUGUCCAAAUCAAUUUAAUAAAACCACUUUAUAACAGGG